GGCGGAUGCCACGGAUCUUCCUCCCUUCACGUCUGGACGUGGCACCCUUUGUGGAUUUGACGGCGGGUGCCACGGCUUCUCCUGCCCGCGGCGUCUGGUUCUGGCGCCCUGAGUUGCUCUGACGGCGAACACGUGCGGAGACCUGGUCCCGCGCAUGAGCGCAUGUUGGGCUCAAUACGUCGGGGGACCAAUACGUCGGGGGACCGACUUGCUGUGUCGCAGGAAGCGAAACCAGCGCAAACCAACCGCUGCAAACGCGGUGGUGGAUUUUUGCCUCUGGACAUCCCCGGGGACAUACCAGUCGAGCAGUGCAAGAUUCUGUCCAAUGGCGACUCCCUGCUUGUGGUAGUGACGGAGAAGCCACAGGACGAGCCAGAGACGAACGCAGUGAAAAAGUACAAGCUGAUCGUGGAUGCGAUCAAGGACGAGGCGGGGGAGAACGAGAGCCUGCUGGUGUCCAAGCUGCACACCUGGCUGGAUACGGAAGAGGACGACGAGGUGAGUGUGCUGAUCCGCUCUGCCUUGGACUCCCUGGCGCAGGUGCACCUGGCUAAGAACAACACCAAGCCGCGCGCGAUCUCGGUCAAGCUGGGGCUCCUCGCGGAGGCUGCGGGCGGCGACGACCCUAUCUUGAAGGGGGAGGUCAACCGCGCGCUCCCGGCGCUGCGGAGGCUCGCCAAGCGCUCUGGCAGCGCCGCCGACACUGGCAGGAGGGAUAGGGAGUCUGGCGCCCUGCAGCAGAAGGUCAUCAAGGAGUCCUUCGCGGUGCAGAUCCCGUACCCGGUCCCGAAGGAGCAGGUCUUCGUGCUCAGGGCACGGCCGACGAUGCUCGUCGUGGGCAUGCCCCUCCUGCGCAAGAGCCUCGGGGCGAAAGGCGUGUCCACUGGCGGCAAACCUUUCGCGAGGGUCCCCAUGUUCGGCGAGGAGGGUCUGCUAGCUGGUCCCGCCGCGGACAUGAAGCAGCUCAUGAAGGGCAUCGACGUGCACUCCUUGGCGAGUCAGGCUGGCCUGAGGCCACUGGCCGAUGCCAAGCCGUGAGAGCCAGGCCCGCCCGCUCUGCGGUGGGCUCUCCUGGCCCGCCGUGGGCAGCCUCGUGCGCGGGCGCGUCGUGGCCGCGCCUCACUUCGUCGGUAUGGCGGCACAGUCACGGCGCGAAG